CAACAGAAGGAUAACAUGAGGAGUGCAGUCCUGUGGGGUCUGCUGGCCGUGCUGUGUCACUACACGCUGGUAAGCAGCCACGUCCUGGGAAGGGCCUCUUCCACCAGUGACCUUGCUCAGCUCAAGUCGUUACUGGAGCGAUUCGAGGAGACUCUGGCUGACGCCGUCCAGCAGGAGGAUUCCGAGGCCGAUUAUGAAGGGACAAACCAAGAGUCUGAGCGCGCUCAGGCAAACCAAGGAUGGGGACUGGACCAAGAGGGGGACCAGGAUCCUCUGAAAUCAGAUAGAAUCCCACCAGCAGCAGAAGGUCGCAGCAGGCCCUUGAGUCAGAGAAACCGUCUGCAAGACCUGCUGUUGACCAGGAGACGGGCCUCCAGCUGCUUUGGAGCCAGAAUGGAUCGAAUAGGGAACGCCAGCGGCCUGGGAUGCAACACUGGAAGAGGGUAGACUUGCCUUUUACUUGGGACACAUGUGGGAUUAUAUUUUUACUUCAACCGAAGACACAGCCAAAGCAGUGGGAUCUGUAUGAUUUUACAUUAGUGACAGUGCAAGUGUGUAUGAUUUGAGCAUUGUUGCAAAGCUGCAUGUAGGUUUCUAUUGCAAACAUAAAUAAACUCUUCUUUCAUAUAAAUGUGAGUGGGUCUUUUGGUAGACAGGGGACAUAAGUCUUCAACUGUCCAGCGUUUGUGAGUCUGUGUCCACUGCAGCCUCGGGGUAUCUGUAAUCUGAAAUUGUUUGUUUCUGCUGUUAUAGUCCAAGCACCUGUGCAAUUGCUUUUUAUUUCCUCCCAUUGUUGUUGUGUAAAGAACGGUUCAUUCAUUUAAUUUAAAUAUCUUUAUUUUUCCACUAGAAGCUAUAUUUGUGUGUACAGAAUCAGUGCGCGUCAUACACACUACCUAUCAUCACGCUUCACACCGAUAUGUGACACACAAAACACCAGUGGGUUUACACAGAACAUCAUUAUAAUCUGAGAUUCAUAAUCUGACCCAUUUUGUCCACUAAGUGUUUCCAUGUAAUAAAAUUAAAUUCAAAAAAGCCACAAA